GCGUGUGUCGUGUCAGUUAUAUCUCGGCAGCGAGUGCCGUCAGGCGCACGGGUGUUUCGACGCGCGUCCUUCCUUCAAAAUCCUCGUGUACUUUGACGUGCGAACGCCAGUUGCGAGAAAGUAUCAGUGGCCGAGUGUUUCUCCGUUCGAGUUUACGAAGGAUGUUCGAUCGAUGCGGAUAUCGACGACGGACUCUUGCCGGCUCGUCGAUUAAAUCAUGACAGUCGCUUCCUUGCAUUCUGGUCUGACAACAUUUCUCGCUAGUGGUUGAAUCAUUUCCGCGAGCGGGGAAACACGAAUCUUUGUUGCAAAAACGUUCGAGUUUAACGGUCAAGUUUAACACGUGAUUGUGCUUCGUUUUUGAACCGCGUUGUCGAUUCUCGAGAUCGAUAUUUAUAGGUUAUAGGUGCACAGGACGCAAUUAUAAGCAGGACAUUACGCAAGAGACACCCAUUCGAAGAUCAUCCAGUGUUAAUUUGAAGAUUCCAUUCAUCUUCCGCGCCUUCGUGAACGCGAGUGCUUUGCCGGAAUUAACGGUCGUCGUGACGUACAUAGUAUAUUUUCCAUAAAUGUGUUGUGCGCGUCAAAUCGUAGCGUGAAAUCGAGAAAUCGUAGAAAACGCUCUGACGCGAAAGAAGUACGCAAAGUGAACGGUGAUUUAUUCGACCGGCCGUUAUUGGAACGGUAUGAAGUUUGCCGCUACAAUUUGUCCCGGUGAUUGGCGCGGGAGACAACGGUGAUGUAAAUCGAUAUCGAUGUUUUUGCAAACGCGAAACUGCAGCGUUCGGAAUCGAGAUGCGGAGAAACGAUGAUCGAACGAUCGAGGCAUGGACAGACGAACGUGAACUCUGACGGUUAACCUUCGGUUGCCGCGAAAAAAGUGACAGGAAAUUUGUUGGAAAAGCACAGUGAAAAGUUGGAUAAUCGCGAUGGCGUACGUGCUCUGGCGAGUCUUUAUGAAGAAAUACUCCAAGGUGCGGCUCGGCAUCAGGAAUCUGCCGGUGAUACCGGCGGAGCGCCGCGGUCCAGAGAAAGAGGAAACCUGGACGCUGGCUCCUGACCAGGACUCGUGUCCCUUCUUCGAGGAGUUCACCGAGCAAAAGUCCAAACCGUCCCAAGAUGAGAGCACGCAUUCGAGGAUCGUGGGAGAGGCAGCUCCCGAGAGCACCGAGAACCCGGAAAGUGGUACUUUGCCGAGGACUCAGGAGACCAGGAAGAGCAAGACGAAAAAAGUAAAGAGCUACCUAAGAAAGUGUAAAGGUGCGUUAUCGAAAGGUGACGAGGCAAUCGAGAAGAAACGUCAAGAGCACUGCACCUCGUGGUACCUUGACGAGUCUCGAGUCCACCAGGAGGAGGACGUCUUUCCAGAGAAACCGACUGAAUUCCCGGACCAGAGGGUCUCGGAAGAAGUCUCUGUUGUCGCCGCGGACGAGGACAAUUCGAGUCCGCAGGUGGACAGCGAUCCUUUAACGAGUCCUAGCAAGGACGAUGUUCGUGACGAGACUACGGACGAAGGUCUGGCGAGGUUAGCGGACGACGAGGGAAGAAACGAGGGAAGAAGAAGUCGGACGUCCCUGUACGAGGAUGCCAAAGACUCGAUGAACGAGCAGUGCACCGCGGACGAAGCUCCCUCGAAUAAAACGGAAUGCGAGAAGAACGCGGUCUCCCUCGAGACCCUCACUACGGAGGACACGAACUUGAACAAGUGCGAUUCCAAUGACACUUUGAUAGCGGAAGUGACGGAAACGGUGGUCAUCGAAUCGAACGGUGAUGUGGAGCAGGAAAAGGAAGAGUGUCGGGACGAGGAAGGGGAAGCACUGCCAUCUUUAUCUCUGCCUGGGGGUCGCGGAGACGUCGCCUCGUUGGUCCGGAACCUACUCGGGCCGAUUUACGGCGAUGGUGUUAUCAAUCUGCUGAUAAGGCAGGCCCGAGACAUCCUGGUGUGCGCUUAUCACGGCAAUUUGGAGAACUUCCUCAGGACUUAUCUGUCACCGGCCGCGUCGUUGCUGGCGGAAGUGAAGUCAGCCGCCUCCGAAACGGUACGUACACUUGGAUGCUGUUUACAGGAUCACGAAAACGAAUCGGUGGUACCGGAAGGCUGGCCUCUGACGUUGGGCAGACGUGGCCUCGUGCUGCAGCUAGGAGAGCUCGAAGCCUCCGCGCUACGUCUCGGGGAAUGUUACCUCUGCAUACGCAGCGCAGCUGCAGUUGCAACCACCUCGGGGAGCGGCGAAGCUGCCGCUGGUGAAACCGUCGAGCGGAAUACCGUCGAGAUCGCAGUAGUUUGGCGAACGACGUCCAUGAGGGCACCAGGGUUCCUCGGCUGGGACCGCGAGGAGGAGUUCAUGGACUGGCGGGAGGUGACUCGGAAGAGGCAGGGGAACUCGAGCGGGACGAGUAGCAGCUUGGUAGGGCCGCAAUCGUCGAGUUCCUCGAAGAGUAUGAUGCGGCCUCGUCGAAGAUCUCGGGAGGAGACUCGUUCGAGAACUCGGGAGCCAGGUUGCGUGUUCGAGCACCGUCGCGAAGAGACGCGGUCGAUCGACAGGUUGGAGUGCAAGAACUCGAACGAGACUUGCGCGGCGGGCGACGAGGUCGAGGCUGGUCACGCGGUGAUGAAGUCCAGAUCGACGUCGAGUAUGGACACGUGGAAAUCUGGGUUGGACGGCGAUCUGAACGGAACGCCGACGCGAUCCGGAUCAAACAACUCUUCUAGUCUUUCCGGCGACGAUGGUCGCGUCAAAGUGAAGAGGUGCGCCAAGGUCGUUUCCUCGACGACCAUGGAGAAGUGGAAGGAGACGACCAGGUGCGAAACCAGGAGUAAGAUCCUCGUUCCCGAAGAUCUGAAGACGCCGUUACGGUUGGACCAAGCUGUCCUCGGACAGAAAGAUGGGAACGGGGCUGGUGUCGCGGAAGACAGGCUGCAGUACGUGCGACACUUGGACGAGGUCGGCGACGAGGAGCUACCAGCCUUCAUCGGUAACCUUCUGGUCUCCGUGGAGAGGAAGAUCGAGAGGGUCUCGCUGGACGACCUCACGUUCCCGUGUCCAGCCUGCAGGAAUAUCGACACCGACGACCCUUUGCUCGGCUGCAGGUGUGCCGGGGACGAAUGCGCCUGCGGAAUCGCAGUAGUUUGGCGAACGACGUCCAUGAGGGCACCAGGGUUCCUCGGCUGGGACCGCGAGGAGGAGUUCAUGGACUGGCGGGAGGUGACUCGGAAGAGGCAGGGGAACUCGAGCGGGACGAGUAGCAGCUUGGUAGGGCCGCAAUCGUCGAGUUCCUCGAAGAGUAUGAUGCGGCCUCGUCGAAGAUCUCGGGAGGAGACUCGUUCGAGAACUCGGGAGCCAGGUUGCGUGUUCGAGCACCGUCGCGAAGAGACGCGGUCGAUCGACAGGUUGGAGUGCAAGAACUCGAACGAGACUUGCGCGGCGGGCGACGAGGUCGAGGCUGGUCACGCGGUGAUGAAGUCCAGAUCGACGUCGAGUAUGGACACGUGGAAAUCUGGGUUGGACGGCGAUCUGAACGGAACGCCGACGCGAUCCGGAUCAAACAACUCUUCUAGUCUUUCCGGCGACGAUGGUCGCGUCAAAGUGAAGAGGUGCGCCAAGGUCGUUUCCUCGACGACCAUGGAGAAGUGGAAGGAGACGACCAGGUGCGAAACCAGGAGUAAGAUCCUCGUUCCCGAAGAUCUGAAGACGCCGUUACGGUUGGACCAAGCUGUCCUCGGACAGAAAGAUGGGAACGGGGCUGGUGUCGCGGAAGACAGGCUGCAGUACGUGCGACACUUGGACGAGGUCGGCGACGAGGAGCUACCAGCCUUCAUCGGUAACCUUCUGGUCUCCGUGGAGAGGAAGAUCGAGAGGGUCUCGCUGGACGACCUCACGUUCCCGUGUCCAGCCUGCAGGAAUAUCGACACCGACGACCCUUUGCUCGGCUGCAGGUGUGCCGGGGACGAAUGCGCCUGCGGAGCUGGUGAGGACACCUGUGACUGCUCUUCCUCAGCGAAGACGAGGACGGAGCAGUCGGCGAAGAGCUUCGAGAUCGCGGGGAUCAAGCACAUCGACAGCGACGACGAGGAGGAGGUGCGGAUGGGAUUUGGAACGAAAAAGAGAGUCGACGACGUGGUAGCGCCCAGGACCAUUCACGACAUACCGGAACAUGUUCUCACGUGUGGCCUCACGCUUCCUGGCUACACGGAUACGAAUGGCAGACCCGUUCUCGAGUUCGAGGAUGACCCAUCCAGAAGGGAGACUCUCACCGUUAAAGAAGCGUCGUCGUUUCUUCUCUACCUCGCUCGUUUACCCAGCUACGAAAGCACGAAGAAUGGUUUCACUCUGUUGGUUCGAGGAAACGGUCCCGAGUGUUUGGAGUUUCUGGACAAAGUUCUGUCUCUUGUGCAGGGACGAGUCUAUGUAUCUCAGGCAUUGCUGUUGCAGAGUUCCGUGUCCGAACACUCGACAGAAUCUCAGUUACCUUUGAGUCACGUCAAGACGAUCGCGGUGGACGAGCAAACUUUGAGAGAACGCGUUCCCAGACGAGAGAGCCUCGACCAGGCGCAAUGGAUCGCAUUUUAUAAGGAGUACGACGGCCUGAUGACGGAAUGGCAGGCAGCCGGUCGCAGACUGGCCCUGGAGAUGUCCGAGCUGAAGGAAUGCAGCAGCCUGUCCGGUGCGUUGACGCCUCUCGGUCGCCUGCUCACGGACCCCACAUUAAGAAGAACAUCCCGAGACGCGGAGGAGGCGAUCUCCUCUCUGGAAGAGCGUGCCUCGCCAUUGUUGCACCUGGAGCACAUUAGAUUGGCGGUGAAACGGGCACGGAGAUUGGUCGAGGAGGUCGGGAACGCCGCCACUAGGUUGGAAUCGUCGUUCGAAUCGCGACGAGCGACCAUCCGCAAUCUCGCGGUUCUGAGAAGCAUCGAGGACCAAGCGCACGAGGUAUUAUCCUGGUUGUGCAAAAAGGGCGAGGAUAUUCUGUCGAAACACGCUCAACACUCUGCGACGAAUUUAACAGCGGCCCGCCUUCACGAGAGGGACUUCGAGAAGUUCUAUUUCACGUCGAUGAGACAUCUUGACAAAGGAAGCGACCUUGCCGAGGCGGCGAGUGCGAGCGGACUUCGCGAACUCGCGAGAUCCCUGAAGCAACACCUUCGAGGAUUCGGUACGCGCCUCGAAGACAGACGCGAGUACCUCGAGGACACGUCGAGAUGUUGCCUGCUUCAGGAUCGGGCAUACGAGUGGGCCCAGGAGGCUCGUAUCGCUGGCGAGAGGGGGGCUCAGCAGUUCCUGAUGGCCAGACCACCCCUGCCGCCAGAGCAUUUCACGGAAAUGAUGGCGCUCGCCGAGAAACUCGGUAACGAGAUCCUUCUGGAACAAUGUCGUAUCGCCAGGAACAAGUGUGCGGAAGCUCUCGAGAUUGCGAGGACGACUUCCGCUCCCGGCAGUCCUGCCAGAAGAAGAUCCUUCGCUGCCUCGGAGUCUGCCACGUCCUGGGAGGACAGUUUGACGAAGAGAACUUCGUGGGAUGACAGCGAUAGCAGCGCAUCGUACGCCUGUCCCAUGGAGAGUGUAGGAUCCGCAGGAAGCGGUGGUCGACCGGUGCUGGACAACAUUGCCGAACUUCGGGAAAGUGCCGAACAGCUCCUGGAUUGCUCUCCUCCGCGAACACCUCCUCGAAGCCCUGCUCCACGACGACUUGUCAAGCCUCCGGUGAACUCUCACUUACACAGGGCUGCUAGCAUUGCCCCAGGAAUGAAGGCGAAAAAAACAAUACUGCUCAUAAUGAGGGAAAUGAUACAAACCGAACGAGACUACGUGAAGUCGCUCGAGUACAUAAUAGAGAAUUACAUCCCGGAGUUGGUGCGGGAAGACAUUCCUCAGGCCUUGAGAGGACAACGCAACGUGAUCUUCGGAAACGUGGAGAAGAUCUACGAGUUCCAUAGUCAGCAUUUCUUACGGGAAUUGGAACAGUGCGAGCAAUCGCCGAUGAACGUGGGACAAUGCUUCCUGAGACACGAGAAGAAGUUCUAUCUGUACGCGCUCUACAACAAGAACAAACCAAACUCGGACUCGUUGAUGGCCGAGUACGGUACCGUCUUCUUCAAGCAAAAGCAACUGGAGCUAGGCGACAAGAUGGACCUCGCUAGUUACUUGCUGAAGCCUGUUCAACGAAUGGGGAAGUACGCGUUGCUGCUGCAGCAGCUGGUUAAAGCGGGUACCGACCUAUCGGAGCAAAUGUCCGGCAAGGACGACAAGGAGGAGAAAGAGGACGGUAUGAAGCCGAUGGUCGAGGGCGAGGCGGAUUUAAGGGCGGCCGAGCAGAUGGUACGGUUCCAACUGCGCCACGGAAACGACCUGCUGGCAAUGGAUUCUCUUCGCGAUUGCGACGUAAACGUAAAGGAGCAGGGCAGACUACUGCGGCAAAACGAGUUCUUGGUCUGGCAGGGUAAAGGCAAGAAGUGUCUGCGACAAGUGUUUCUAUUCGAAGACCUCAUCCUCUUCAGCAAAGCGAGGAGAUUUCCCGACAGAAAGAACCUGGAUAUCUACAUCUACAAACACAGCAUCAAAACGACGGACAUCGGGCUGACUGCCGUGAUCGCCGACUCGCCCACGAAGUUCGAGAUUUGGUUCCGCAAGAGGAAACCAGGCGACACGUACACGCUGCAGUGCGCCAGCGAGGACAUUAAGAAAGCUUGGACGGAGGAACUGAGCAACCUUUUAUGGAAACAGGCGCUGCGAAACAGAGAAGUGCGCCUAGCAGAGAUGUCGAGCAUGGGCAUCGGAAACAAACCUUGUUUGGACAUUAGGCCUAGCGCGGAUCAGAUCAAUGACCGGUCUAUCAGCGUAGCUCAACUCUCGAAAACGCCUAGAUUCAGAAACUCGAUAGCAGUUUCGAUGUCGGAGGACUCGGGUCGCUGCAGCAGAAGGCCUCACAGUGUCAUCUCCGUUAGUUCUUCGUCGAGUAGCGGUGGUAGUAGUGGUCCCCCCACGACGUUGAACCUGGGUUUGGACACGAGUCCCAGACCGCAUCAUCGUAGCACUACUCUCAAUAGUCAGUGCAGCGUUGAAAGCGGUAUAAUAGCCGAUAUCUCGAUCGUCUCUGACGACGGAGGCGACGGCACCGAGAGGAGUCACUGGAACUCGACUUUAGAGAGCCCCACGUCCCAUCUGCCGACGACGUCGACGCCUCUACAGUCACCGACCAGCGCAACCGCGACCGCAACAGUUACCUCGGCCACUUCGUCCGACAACAACCUCACCCCUUACGACCAAGACAUGUCCAUUAAUUUAUAAACGUCGCCCCUGAAAAGGACGGCACCUUUGAUCCCAGCUAACAGAGUACGAUAUCGUCGAUUCACUUGCGAGUUGUUAGACGGUGAAUAUACACAGUGUGAUUCAAAUCGUGUGGCAUAGAAUUCGACGGAUAAUAGCGAUGAUAUGUCCACGCAGUGUGUACCGAGUAGAUAAUAUAAUAUAUUAGAGCGAGUAUUUUCUUGAGCAAUCGUAGUUCCACGAAAUGGCCCACACGAGCUACGAGAGACGAGUCUCGCAUAAUGCCGUACACAGUGUCCGACAGACCGUUGCAUUUACGCUUAAUCACGUGAGUUCCGUAACGAACGCCUGUUCGCAAACCAUUGCCACGGUACGCAAUCGUUGUUUGACAGUGUUCGAAAAUAGAAUGGGGUUUAUACGUACUCGUAGACUGGUAUUUUCGAUGAGAGCUCAACUUUCAAGUGAAUUUUAUCUUUUGAUACGCUUCGAUGUUUCAUUGAUCAGCGCUCGCGCGCGCGAUCGCGUGUUUAAUAGUCUUCACGUCUGAAUUUGAUAAAAAGAAACCAUUGAUUUUUCCAGAAGUAAAACGGCAACAAGUGUAUUUUCUUAUACUGUCUCCUCGAAUCCACCAACGUGCUCAAGCAAAAUCCUAGAUAGAGAGAGAUGUGUUCCGAUGAAAUAUAUAUAUAUGUGUGUGUACGGCUGCAUGUUAUCACAAUGUGCUCUGCAGCGUCGUAAACGGCAUGCACCGAUUGCCAUUAUUCUCAUUAACGAUUGGCAUUCCUGAUCAUCAACGACUGAGAAUCUUAUCGAGAAAUCUCCAAAUCUAUGGUACUUUUUAUACUUUAUUUAUACUGCGUAGUUAAUAAAUAACGAUAUUCCAUGUCCACGUUGUGUUCGCGCUUACUAUGACAAAAGAACAAACCGAGAAGCAACGUGAAGUUUCUUAUUCUUUCAUGUUUUUCUCUCGAACGAAACACCCGAAGGAACGUUUCGCCUACUCUUCAGGUAUUCCAUUGAGUUGUCGGGAUAUCUCUUCAGGAAUGUCAAAACAAUGCGCACAUAUACAUACCACUUUGUAACAUAAUGUAACAUUAAAGGUUUAUACGAUAUAGCCGGCAAGAUAAUAUAACCGAUAGUCUAAAUAUUAUUUCCAGAUUAUAUAUUAAAUAUAUAUAAUAUUAUAUUCUU